GUUUAGAUUAUGGUUGAGAUGUUUCUUUCAGGGUAUCUUUUUGCAACUACUCCCAGGGUGGACCUAAAUCUGAUCAAGUCCAGCUUGUAGCAUUUAAAAUCUCAGCAACCCCAAAAGCAUAUCAAUUUCAUCUUAUUAUACCAAAUUAUUGCACUUCAAGUCCUCAUUGAAUUUUUUUUUUUUUUUUUUAAAAAAAAAUCGAACCAUGAACUCUACUAAAUGGGUUGCGAAGAUGAAAAAUAUAUUGCUUAUCUUCCAGCUAUUUGUUCUUCCCUCUUGCAUUUUUUCCCUUGACACCAUCACCCUAAACAAACCCAUCAAGGACGGGGACGUUUUAACCUCCAGCAAGAAAUUCUUCGCACUAGGGUUCUUCAGCCCCGGCAAUUCUUCGAACCGCUAUGUCGGAAUUUGGUACAACAAAGUUCAGGAGCAAACCAUCGUUUGGGUUGCAAAUAGAAACAACCCUGUCACUAAUACCUCCGGACUCCUAGCAGUGAUUAGUCAUGGAGGCCUUGUGAUCUAUGGGAAUGAGAAAAGUACCCCUCUCUGGUCUGCUAAUGUCACCGUCUCUUCUCCAAACAAUUCCGUGAUAGCCAAGCUUUUGGAUACGGGAAAUCUUGUUGUGGUUGAAAAUAAUGGUAAGGUGCUUUGGCAAGGUUUUGAUUAUCCCUCGAAUACACUGCUUCCUUUUAUGAAAAUUGGGCUGGACCGGCGGUCCGGGUUGAACCGGUUCCUCACAUCUUGGAAGUCCCAAGAUGACCCGGGAAUCGGAAACUGCUCGUACCGGAUAGAGCCAAGUGAAAGUCCGCAGCUGUUCUUAUACAAGGGUCAGGCUCCAUUUUGGCGGAGCGGAUCUUGGACCGGUGAGAGAUGGUCCGGGGUGCCGGUAAUGACAAAAAAUUUCAUCUUCAAUGCUACUUUUGUGAACAAUGAAGAUGAGGUAUCCGUCAUGUAUAGUAUUGUUGAUGAAUCAAUCUUCUCAAAAGUGGUGAUCGAUGAAUCAGGAAUUGUUGAACGGUCCACGUGGCACGAUCAAGUGCAUCAAUGGGUCAAGUUUUGGUCCGCCCCGGUAGAGCAGUGUGAUUUUUACGGAAAGUGUGGUCCGAACAGCAAUUGUGACCCAUAUAUUGCGGAUGAGUUUGAGUGCAAAUGCCUACCUGGAUUCGAACCCAAGUUGCAACAUGAGUGGUAUUUGAGAGACGGUUCGGCCGGGUGCGUGAGGCGAAAAGGAUCAUCUGUUUGCCAAAACGGGGAAGGGUUCGUGAAGUUUGAACGUGUGAAGGUGCCGUACUCUUCUACGACACGUGUGAACAUGAGUAUGAGUCUGAAAGCAUGUCAAGAAGAAUGCCUGAGAAAUUGUUCUUGCAUGGCAUACGCAAAUGCAGAUGAAAGGCAGGGAGGGAAUGGGUGUGUGCAUUGGCAUGGGGACUUGAUGGACACAAGGACUUAUUCGGAUACGGGCCAAGAUUUAUAUUUGCGAGUUGAUGCAAUUGUUUUAGCUCAAUAUGCAAAGAAGUCAAAUGGUUCUUUUGGCAAGAAGAGGAAGCUGGAAGUUUCACUAAUAAGUGGUCUAGUGUUCCUUCUCUUGCUUUCCCUUGCAUGUUGGUUGGUGAUGAGGAAGAGAAAAGUUAGGAGAAGUCGGGAUAAGUUUCCAUUCAGUGUGACCACAACACCAUCCUACUGGGAAGAUUCUCCUGCUAGAACAGAUAUUGAUGAAAGCAGAAUAAAUUCAGACUUACCAUUCUUUGAACUAAGUACCAUAGCUAAAGCCACAAACAAUUUCGCUUUCAACAACAAGCUUGGAACAGGCGGUUUCGGCUCCGUUUAUAAGGGUGUGCUAUAUAAUGGAAAUGAGAUAGCAGUGAAAAGACUAGCCAAGAAUUCCGGCCAAGGAAUUGGAGAGUUUAAGAAUGAAGUGCUGCUGAUUUCAAAGCUCCAACACAGGAACCUUGUGAGGAUUAUAGGUUGCUGUGUUCAAGAUGAAGAGAAGAUCCUGAUCUACGAAUACUUGCCAAAUGGAAGUCUUGACUUUUUCAUUUUUGAUGAAGCAAAACGGGCGUUUUUGGAUUGGACAAGACGCUUUGAGAUAAUCUGUGGGAUUGCUAGAGGGAUCUUAUACCUUCAUCAGGAUUCAAGAUUAAAAAUCAUCCAUAGAGAUCUAAAGGCCAGCAAUGUUCUAUUGGAUUCUGCUAUGAAUCCCAAGAUUUCUGAUUUUGGUAUGGCUAGGAUAUUUGGCGCUGAACAAAUUGAAGCAAAUACAAACCGUGUGGUUGGGACAUAUGGUUAUAUGUCACCAGAGUAUGCAAUGGAAGGACUUUUUUCAGUAAAGUCUGAUGUGUAUAGCUUCGGUGUUUUACUGCUAGAAAUUGUUAGCGGCAGAAAGAACACCGGUUACUACCACGAUAAUCCUGACUCAAACUUAGUUGGACAUGUUUGGGACUUGUGGAAGGAAAGUAGAGCGUUGAAAAUUAUUGAUUCGUCUCUGGGAGAAUCAUACCCUGUCAAUGAAGUUCUAAGAUGCAUUCAAAUUGCACUCUUGUGCGUGCAAGAACAUGCGACAGAUCGUCCACUCAUGUCAGCAGUGGUUUUCAUGUUGGGUAAUGAUGCAGCACUUCCUUCACCAAGGCAACCUGGAUUUUUGUUGAAGAGAACUUAUCAUGCUAGUGGAGAUCCAUCAGCCAGUACUGAAGGAGCUUACUCCAUAAACGAUGUGACCUGCACAGAAGUAGAAGCUCGCUAAGGGGAGAAUUAGACGUAUAAUCGGUAGACUAUAUCAUUCAACUGAGAGCAUGAUCGCGAUGAGUGACAUAAAUAAAGAGGACAUACAAAUUAUAACUAUAAAUCUAAGUUCUAUAUUUACAACACUCAUCAUCUGUCUUGUUAUAAAUAAAAACUACAAAUGAUGUGAUUUGUAGUAAGUUGAUGCCCUAGGCUCUUCAAUUUGAAAAGUCACCACUCAUGAAGAGUA